CGAGGGAUUGUGAUAAAGAGACAGUUGACGUGUCUGCAGUGAUGAUACAAUAAUAAAAAUAAUGCAAUAAAUACGACAUACAUUAUCAAACACGGAGAUAGACAUUGGACAUUUUGCUGUCAAUCUUGUCACCAGAGUUGUUACAACGAUUCUUCAAUUUAAUACCAAGGCAUCCAUACACGAUGCACCCAAAUUGACAAAAGCUGAUUGGAUUUCGGUCGUGAAUAUUGGAGACGGAAAAACGCAGAUAUCUAUCAUCAAUAUAUGAUAUAAUAGUUGAACAAAUAGCAGGAUAGUCGAUCUCACCCCCCUCAGUGUAUAUCGUGUUAGCUAUUGAGAAACAAGCUAGUGAACUUGUCUCAGAUUCAUCUACAGUUCACCAUCCAAACGCAUCAGAAUAUGUUGAUAUGUUUGAAAUUUGAUCAAAUAUUCAAACACUAAAACACUUCAGGGACAUUCGAAUAAUCAACUUCCACCAAUCUUGUGUUCUCUUUUAUUUAGAAUGAUGUUUAUGAAAUAAUAAGACCUGCUGUUGACCAAUUGUCCACAAUUGCUUGUUUAGUUAACAAUGUUGGUAUGGUGUUACCGUUUGAGUUGUUUGCCGGAGAAGUUCAUUCCCCAAAUGAAGAAUCAAUUAAAAAUAUCAUUCAUUGUAAUAUUUUGUCUACAGUGAUCAUGACAAGCAUCAUUUUGCCGAAAAUGUUAACACAGAAAGGACCUAAUCCUGGUAUCAUAAACAUUGCAUCCUAUACAGCUUUGAAAGUGGCGCCCUACUUGACAAUUUAUCCUUCAACCAAAGCAUUCAUUAUUCAAUUUUCCAGAUGUCUGGCUGCAGAAAAGUAUAGAAAGAAUGUCAUUGUACAAACGCUGUAUCCAUUGUUUGUAUCUACAAAUUUGACCGGUUUAAGAAAAGCCACAUAUUUCACACCAUCUGCUAAAGUCUAUGCUAAAAGUGCAUUGGAUAUGUUUGGUGUUGAACAACAAACCACUGGUUAUUUUCCACAUGAGUUGAAAGCAUUUGUAUACAAUUUAAUGCCAACAUCAUUGUGGGUAAGAAUAAUCGAACGUACGUUCACUCCAAUUAGUAAAAAAUCCAAGAAGGUUGACUAACAUGAAUGUUGUUUUUCAAAUUUGCUGAGAAACAGUAAAACCUAAAAAUGAACAUUUUGAAGCUUUUGAUUAUAUCGCAGUUUUGUGAAUUCGUU